AUGUCUGCGGUGCGGAAAAGCAUCAAGGAUGCCAUGAGAGUCAACGGGUCGGAAGAGACGCCGGGCCCAGCAGGAGACGUCACGUCACGCAAGCUCCAGAGAGAGAGGUUUGAAGCCGAGAUGCCCUCAAAGGUCUUGGAUGGGCUGCUCAGUCUGGUGGUGGAGGCCUCCGAGCGCCUCGCCAGCACCAUUGAUCCAAAGAUGCGAAUGUCGGUCUCGCUCUUGGCCCAUGACAGUUGUGCCAACUCUGGCAGGCUCGAGGCGACGUGGGCAGAGGUCCUUUUGGCUGGGGAGGAGACUGGUUUCGUUGACUUCUUGCGGCCGUUGGAGUUGAGCACGGACCCUGAUGUGGUGUCGAAGCGCGAGAGUCGGAGGAUUAGGAUCGGCCAAAAAUCGCCAAAAUUCCGUUGCCCUGUUUGCCAAGAGGCCAGCCUCACUGCAGAUUAUAUGAUUUGUGUGCAGUCAUCCAGCACAUGUGCCUGCAUGCGCCUGUGCUCUCGUCACUCGUCAUGUUGCCUUGAGUGUGCAGCCAUGGUCCAGUUAGUUUUUCCCCAACAUUCUCCAAGGAUGCUGUAA